AUGACUGAAUUUACUUAUAUGAAUUGUAAGGAAUAUAACGCUAACACUCCCGAAGAAAGAAAUGAAGAUAUUUUUAUUGUUGAUCAAAUUGCCCUUGUAAAUGCUCAAGCCUUACUAAACGAUGAUGAUAACAAUGAUAAUAUGAAUUGGAAUGAGGUUGAACCUGAAGAUUUUGACCCUUAUAGUAAUUUCUUUCAAACAACACAUGAUGACAUAGACGUAGAAAUUGAAAGGACCUCCAUGCAAAGUAAAGGCCAAAAAAUCGUAUCAUGUACUGAACGUGAGAAACAUUGUGAUGAUAUAAGUGACGCUCUAAAACAUAUCAGAAGAUGGGUAAUAUCCGUAGCAGAGUCAGGUAAUAAUAAGUUGCAAGAAAGACUUCUAUCUCUAAUAACUCUAACAUUAGCUGUUUUUAACAAUAAGACAAUGGAGGAAAACCUAUUAGAAAUGGAAGUGGAAAAACUUCUGAGUAAAUUACUUGUUAGAACAGCAUUAAGAAUGGGAAAAGUUGAAUCAAAUAAGUUAAAAAAGGAAAGGUCUCAUAUAGUAACUUUGGAAAAGGCUUCAAUGAUGGGAGAAAAAUUAGGAAAAGAAGUUUUAUUUUCACAUUCUGAAAUUCAACAAAAUAUUAGUCAAUUAGAAAACCCGAGUUCAUAUGAAAGUUAUUUCAAUGCAUUACCCAAAAUUAUUUGCAGUUUCUUUCAAGCCUUCAUCAAAGUACUACAACAACAAAAACAAAAUGUUGUUAAUAAAAAGAGGCUUCAACGUGGACUUCUUCCAAAAUCACUCAAUACAAAAAUUAAUGAAAAAGGCAUUAAAAACAUUCUUUCUUUUUAUGAAUCUGGCAAAUCACGCUUUCAACAAAUUCUUUUGCAGGAUGUAUAUAAAACUGAACCCCGAGUAACUGCUGGACGCCGUGCACGAGAUAUAAGUCAUUAUACUUAUACUCAACUUGAGAGUAUAAAGAAACAAAAAAGUAGACAA